AAAGAGGAUGUUGGUAGAUUUGUGCAAGACAUGGAGGGCUUGAGACUGUCUUAUCAUUUAAAUGGUGUAGAGGUUCAGCAAGUUUGGAUGACAGCUUUAGCAUUGGACUGGCACCAUGUGGUGGCCGACUGGUCACCCAAUGACAACACAGGUGUUCCCUUGGCCCAUAACUCCCAGGACUUAAAACGUAGAGUGGAAGAACUCAUUGACAGAACGACUAAACGUUUCAUGCGCAAAGCCAACUACACAGAAAUACACAAGGUUAAACAGGGUGACGACGAACCUUUUGAACAGUACAGAGUCAGGAUGACUAAAGUGUUCCUGACUAACAGUGGACUGAGUGAAUCUACUGACGAGACUGGACCUUUCAGACAGCAGCUUAAGAAUGCGUUGCAUGCUGGUUCACGUGAUGCAAUUAAAGCUUGGAUUACUAAAUUUUAUGUUCACAUGGGAACAGGUUCUUUGGAUCAAUACAUUGAGCAGGCCCUUCAUGCUGAGAAAGCAGUGGCAGUGAAAAAGAGGAAGGAGGUGACUAAGGACACAUUUUUUCAUGGCAGUGAGCAUGAUG